GGCUUCAUGGCUGACGAGUUCGUCAUUGAGGCUUUUACCCUCCUGGCCAUUGCCAUUCUGACCAUUGCCUGCCGCAUCGCGGCCCGGUGGAUUACGGCGGGGCCUAAGAACUUCGCAUUGGAUGAUUAUUUGAUGCCGGUUGCAGGGGUAGUGUACGCCCUCGAAACCGGCGCCGCCUACUGCGUCAGCGCCUGGUGGCACGGCCUCGCCAACAACGCGAUGACCGCCGCCCAGCGCGCGGCGCUCUCGCCGCAGUCCGAAGAGUACCGGCUCCGCGUCGGGGGCUCCAAGACCCAGGUGCUGGGAUGGUCGCUGUACACCACUUUGCUGUGGUUGCUCAAGACGUGCAUGGCGGUGUUCUAUGCGAGACUGACGUACGUACGUCUCUGCGUUUCUUGGUUGGACGGGAUGAUUGGUGUCUCGUCUUUUGGCUGUUCGAUUGACCCCCCACAAUCUAGGGCUGGGCUGUACAACAUGGCCCGUCGCAUCCGCCUCGCCUACGUCUUCAUCGCCGGCACCUACCUCGCGGUCAUCCUGAGUAUCCUGCUGGGGUGUCGUCCGCUCCACAGGAACUGGCAGAUCCACCCGGAUCCCGGGAACUAUUGCCAGCCGGCCGUCUCGCAGAUCGAUGUGUAUGUCACGGUGACGCUGAAUGUGGUGACGGAUGUGUAUUUGAUUUCGAUUCCGUUCCCUAUCCUCUUCAAAGCCCGUCUCCCAUGGCGAGAGAAACUCGAAUUGGUGGUGUUGUUCAGCGGCGGGCUAUUCGUCAUGGCGGCGGGGAUUCUGCGGUGUGUGUUGAUUGUCACGGCCGGCGCAAACGGCGCCUCGCAAGCCGGCAGCUGGGCCUGCCGCGAGACCUUCGUCGCCGUCCUCAUCGGCAACCUCCCCAUGAUCUACCCCGUGUGUCGCCGGAUGGUGAAACGGGCGGGCAGCUACUGGUCAUCCCACAGCUUCAACGCGAAGGGCGGAAGCACGACGACUGGGCCGGGGCCCGGGGGGUCCGGGUAUCCCCUUUCGGCAGGAGAGCAUCCGAGCCUCAGUGCGCAUUCGCAGUCCCGGAAGAAGAAGUUCCGGCACCCCUUGUCGUUGCCGGAUACGCAGUGGACGCAGUUGGCGACGGUCAGUGAUGAGCAGAUCAUGCUGGCGGCGGUGGAUGCGGAGGGUCGGCGGACGACGGGGGCAGAAGGGGGGAUUCAUGUCGUCCAGGAGUUGAUUAUUACGAGCAAUUGAGCUGGGUCGUCUUGGUGGCCGGGGCCGGGGGGGAGUUGGCAGGUCCACGGUGUUUUGAUUCCACUCCGGGAUGGUUGUUAUGAUCUUCUAUAGAUUGUUGGUUCUGGGUUUGUAGAUGGGUUACUUAUGUCUUC